UGAAUACGAAUAACAAAUUAAAUGCUUCAGUCUGUAAAUACUCACAAAAUAGUUUAAGUCGACAAAAAAACUCAAAAUCGAAACUCUUUUACAUUUCUCCCGACAAGAAAUCAUAAUCAUUCACAAUCAUGGUUCAAGAUUUGACUGACGAGCAAAUUGCCGAAUAUAAAGAGGCGUUUUCCCUAUUCGAUAAGACUGGGACCGGCAUGAUAAGCACUCGCGAGUUGGGAAAUCUGAUGAAGUCGUUGGGCCAGAAUCCCACCGAAGCGGAGUUAAGGGAUCUUGUGAAUGAAAUCGAUCUCAAUGGUGACGGUGAAAUAGAUUUUGCGGAAUUUUGCUCGUUAAUGUCGAAACAAGCGAACGAGGGCGACGCCGAUGAGGAACUUCGUGAGGCAUUCAAAAUCUUUGACAAGGAUGAGGAUGGUUUCAUCUCGCCAGCCGAGCUGCGAUUCGUUAUGACAAAUCUGGGAGAGAAGCUAACCGACGAGGAGAUCGAUGAUAUGAUACGUGAAGCUGAUUUUGAUGGUGAUGGUCUCAUUAACUAUGAGGAGUUUGUUUAUAUGAUCACGCAGAAGUAAAAUUUGAAGCAAACCCACUUUUAUGCAAAUUUUGUAAAUAGUUCAAUGCAACAGUUUAAAUUAAAGUUUCGAUGAAAAUGUAAGAA